GUUGGCAGUUAUAAAUAAGUCAGUUGUAAAUUAACAUUAUCACACCAUCUCCCCGCUGAAAGAUCAAUAUACCUUUCUUCCCGAGGGCUGCGCUUCACUUGAGCUAGCUAUCUAUUAUUCGAAUUUCUUUCUCCUUUGAUCUGUCGAAACUCCUAAAGCUCGUCAAUUAUCUCAUCGCCUGCAAUCUAUUACAGUAGUGUCGUGGAAUGAUUGGAUCAUAUAUUCUAUCACAAUGGAAGUUAACAGAGGAUUACUACCAUUUCGUCACCGACUCAAUCUCUCCGUUUUGGUAUUGCUGUUAAUGGUUGAAUUCGGUUUCUUUGAUUUUGCUGUCUCUCAGAGAUUACCAAAUGCUGAAGUGGAGGCUCUGAAAGAAAUAGCAAAGACGCUAGGAAAGAAAGACUGGAACUUUGCAGCUACUUCCGAUCCAUGUACCGCCGUCGGCGUUAACUGUACCUGCACUUUCUCCGGCAACACUGUUUGCCACGUUGUCAAAAUAGAGCUUCAGAAACAGAGUUUGCCAGGCGUUUUACCUCCAGAGCUUGUCAAGCUUCCCUACCUCGAAGUACUUGACCUUACUCUUAACUAUCUCAGCGGUACAAUCCCUAAAUCAUGGGGUUCAAUGAAAUUGAUAAAAAUAUGUCUCAUUGGGAAUCGAUUAUCUGGUUCAGUCCCGGACGAGAUAGGAAAUAUCACUACCCUAAAAGAUUUUUGGUUGGACUACAAUCACUUCUCUGGGCCUCUUCCUCAAACACUUGGAAAUAUCGUAGGCAUAAAUCGAAUAUGGUUAACGUCGAACAAUUUUACGGGGGAAUUGCCACAGACAUUUUCUAAGCUAACCAACUUGACGGACGUACGGAUAAGUGAUAAUCAAUUUAGUGGAAAGAUACCCAGCUUUAUAAAGAAUUGGACAAACCUUACCAAAUUAGAACUGCAGGCAAGCGGUUUUGAAGGCCCAAUUCCAUCAGGCAUUUCUGUCUUGGAAAAACUAUCUACACUGAAAAUAAGUGACUUAAAGGGUACAGAAGGUUCAUUUCCACCACUUAAUAACCUGAAAAGUCUGUUAUACCUUAUUCUGAGGAGUUGCAAUAUCAACGGGACAAUACCUGAUUAUCUUGGCAGUAUGACAACCCUUAAAAGCUUAGAUCUCAGCUUCAACAAACUUUCCGGAGAAAUCCCAAACACCUUCUCUGGCCUUACCAACGUGAUAUUCAUGUACUUGACUGGCAACUUGCUGACUGGGCCUUUGCCGAGUUGGAUGCUUGGAAAAGUAAACAACAUUGAUCUUUCAUACAACAAAUUUACGUUGGAGAGCUCAUGGAGUUGUCAAAAAAACACUAUAAAUUUGUUCGAAAGCUCUUCGAUGAGGAAUAACUCUCCUGACACGCUCUUCAGUACUGGUGUGCCUUCAUGCUUGAGGAGCUCUCUCCGCUGUCAACCGGAUCGUUAUUCAUUCAAUAUAAAUUGUGGUGGAAGAGAAGUUAUAUCUAAAAAUAGAAAUGGUAACAUGAAAUACGAGGACGAUCAGGAUCCAGCUGGCGCUUCAAAGUUUUACCAAAGCAGUAGUAAUUGGGCAUUUAGUAGCACUGGCGAUUUCAUGGACAACGGUGAUGGUGACAGUUAUACAAUUUCAAGUGCAAAUUCGUCACUCUCAACCACUGAUUCAGAGUUAUACAUGACAGCACGCAUUUCUCCCCUCUCUCUAACAUAUUACGGGUUUUGUUUGAUUAAUGGGAACUAUACCGUGAAACUCCAUUUCGCUGAGAUAAUAUUCUCAAAUGAUGAAUCAUAUAACAGUCUUGGGAAGCGUGUAUUCAAUGUUUACAUUCAGGGGAAGCUAGAGUUGCCUGAUUUCGAUAUUGUAGAAGCAGCUGGUGGGGCUGGUAAGGCAGUCGUUAAAACUUUUAACGUGUCUGUGACUAGUAAUACCAUGGAAAUUCGGUUUUACUGGGCUGGGAAAGGCACACAAAGAACCCCUGAAAAUGGAAUCUACGGUCCUCUUAUUUCAGCAAUUUCUGCACUAAAUCCAGACGCUGUACCUCGUGAAAAGAAAAUAUCUGUUGGUGUUGUGGUGGGAAUUGUCGCUUCUAUAUUGUUUCUUCUCUUCUUGAUUCUGGCUGCUCUCUGGUGGAAGGGUUGUUUUUGGAGAAAAAUUGAGAUCGAUGAAGAGCUGAGAGGUGUGGACCUAAACACUACUUCCUUCACAUUGAGGCAAAUAAAAGCUGCCACGAACAACUUUGCUGCUGAAAACAAGAUUGGUGAAGGUGGUUUUGGACCUGUUUAUAAGGGCCAUCUUUUAGAUGGUACAAUAAUUGCUGUCAAACAACUAUCUUCCAAAUCUAAGCAAGGAAAUCGUGAAUUCGUGAACGAGAUCGGAAUGAUUUCUGCCCUACAACACCCUAAUCUUGUAAGGCUUUAUGGAUGUUGUAUCGAAGGAAAUCAGUUACUUCUCGUAUAUGAAUACAUGGAAAAUAAUAGCCUUUCCCGUGCUUUGUUUGGUCGAGAAGAGGUUCAGCUGAAGCUUGAUUGGCCUACAAGGCACAAGAUUUGUGUUGGUAUAGCCAGAGGCCUAGCUUAUUUGCAUGAAGAGUCAAGACUGAAGAUUGUUCACAGGGACAUUAAGGGUACCAAUGUGCUUCUGGAUAAGGAUCUCAACCCAAAGAUUUCUGAUUUUGGUUUGGCAAAGCUUGACGAGGAAGAUGACACCCAUAUCAGCACUCGGAUUGCUGGUACUUAUGGCUAUAUGGCACCAGAGUAUGCAAUGAGAGGUUAUCUGACAGACAAAGCAGAUGUCUACAGUUUUGGAGUUGUUGCAUUGGAAAUUGUUAGUGGGACGAGCAAUACAAAUUACAGGCCAAAAGAAGAGUGUGUUUAUCUUCUUGAUUGGGCUCUAGUUCUACAAGAGACGGGAAAGUUGAUGGAGUUGGUUGAUCCAAAGUUGGAAUUCAAAUUCAAGGAGGAAGAGGUUAUGCGGAUGAUUAAUAUUGCUCUUGCCUGUACUAACGCAUCUCCAACACUUAGACCCAAAAUGUCUUUGGUAGUCAGCAUGCUUGAAGGUCGAACUCCUUUCCGAAAAUUUGUUUCGAAUCCAGUAAGUAAACCUGCCGAUGACUUAAAAUUCAGAGCUAUUAAAGACUAUCAUGAACAGAGCCAUGACCAAAGCAUGAUAGAUCAUAGCCAAUCACAGAGUAUCUCGUUGGGCACCUGGUCAGAAUCAUCAACAUCUGCUGUUGACCUAUAUCCACUCAUUAAGGAUUCAGAGUACUGGAAUAACAGAGAGUAGAGAAGUCCGAACCUAUCUGGUAACUACGAAUUGGAUGAUUUUAGACUAAAUAGACGCAAUAUAAGGAAAUAAACGUAUGUUUUUAGGCUCAUUUAACCGUGUAUGAACAAUUGUGACAAGAUUCGUUUACUUAAUUGAAUAUCAAAAGUCUGCUGAUGUACCAAUAUUAGAUUCCAAUUUGCACAUUGAUCCAAAUAACAUUCAAAUCUAAGUCAUUUUGAAUUCAAGUA